GGAGCACUGGGUCCUUCGGUAGGACUGAGAUAACGGGAACGCUACUACAGGGAUAACAUUGGCUGCGUGCACAUACUACUAGCUGAACGAAGGUUGCGUCACUUCCGGGAGUUUAAAGCUCAAAAGUUCUAAUUGAUAAACUACGUGAUUCAUACCUGUCGGUAGACUGAAAAACAGUUCAGGUAGGUUAUGACGUUGGUUGUAAAGUGUUAGCCGAAUUGGUUUUACGUUACGCACGCGUAUUUACUGCUAACCAAACCGUAACGUGCUCAGGAUCGAAAGAAUUCCUCUUGUACAAGGCACACGCGUUCGUCGCACUAACCGUGACGACGUAAUUGCAUCUUUUUGUGCAACAGAACAAGUAGCAUUUUAUGGUUCUCAGACAAGAUGGGGUAAAUUUCACGAGAGUGCGUAAAACCAUCGCAUGCUAAGUAUUUUCUAUAUAAUGUUACAUAAUAGAUGGGACAAAAAAUUCGAUACCUUCAAGGAACGGUAAAAAGUAUUUAUAAUAUAACUUGUUCUGAAUCUGAGUAUAAUAACCUAUUUUUUUCUGUAACCAACCUCAUAGCCUGCCGAAAAAUAAUUUAAACGAAAAUCGCUUAACACGGUGAUACACGAAUAAAUGAUGCGUGCGGAGGAUAUUUCCGUGCAAUAAUGGACGCCUUACAACGUUGAUUACCUUGUGUACCUAACAUAUUAUACAUAUAUCGAGUUCUAAAUCACAACCCAUUCUAAGACCGUGUUUUAAAUGCGUAAAUGUUCCGAGGAAAUUGCGAGGAAUAAACUACACGUAAAAAAAAGACAAAAAUGCAACGGCCCCUAUAAAUGAAUUUUAAAGUAUAAAUAAAACUUGUUACUGUGAUGCACUUGUCAAAGAGACGAUUUUAUUAACUUAUUACAAUUAUACAGAAAAUCCUGUUUUGUAAAACGACUACUCGUGUAAAUAAAACGUCCUCGAAAAAAGAAAAAACCGGAACCGAUAUCGUAACGGUGUCAAGAAGUUCCGUUCGAACUUCUGUAAACUACGACAAUCUAUUAUCAUAUAAAUAUAAGAGUACUGAAGCCUUUGAAGCAUUUCCAAAGUUGAUUUUUUCAUUUCCUGCACGAUUCUGAAGCAGUGUGGUGAAGUUUGACGCGAACAGGAAUAAUUCGUCGUCGAAAAAAAAAAGUCAUGUCAACGCGAACUUCCGACUUGCUUAGUUAAGCACUCUAAUAUAUAGUUACAUAUUAAGCGAAAUUUCUAUGACUGUAUCGUAGGCGAAGUUUACCAAAAUAUUAGAAGCACUAGUACCAAGCUUAGAAAAAAAAAAAUUCUAACAAAGACGUUACCCCCUCUUGAUUAACGUGUGAUUAUGGUUCACUGUGAAAAGUUUCGCCGCUAUAAGCUCAGUGUGGAGUUUUCGGUUGGCAUAGUGACGUGAAGUUUCCAAUGUGUCGCGUCGUGUGUUUGUGCUCGCCACCACUGCCACCGUCGCGACUGCCGUGAAGUGCGCAUCGUUAGUACCGAGUUGUGUGUACAUAUAAAUGGCGACUGACGAAAAAUGGUACUUUACGAAAGAACAGCUAAUAAACACGCCGAGCAGAAGAUGCGGCAUCGACGCGGAUAAAGAACUGAGCUACAGGCAGCAGGCAGCGAAUUUCAUUCAGGACAUGGGACAGCGGCUUGUGGUAUCACAAUUAUGUAUCAACACAGCAAUAGUGUACAUGCACAGGUUCUACGUAUUCCACUCGCUGUCACAAUUCCACAGGAAUGCAAUAGCAGCUGCAGCACUAUUUUUAGCAGCAAAAGUGGAAGAACAGCCACGCAAGUUAGAACAUGUUAUCAAAAUGGCACACAUGUGUCUCCACAGAGAUCAGCCCCCACCUGAUAUCAGGUCCGAGCAAUACCUUGAACAAGCUCAAGACCUGGUAUUCAAUGAAAAUGUCUUACUCCAAACAUUGGGGUUUGAUGUCGCCAUUGAUCAUCCCCACACACAUGUUGUUAGGUGUUGUCAACUGGUUAAAGCGAGCAAGGACUUAGCCCAGACUUCAUACUUCAUGGCAUCUAACAGUUUGCAUUUGACGACAAUGUGUCUGCAGUACAAGCCAACGGUAGUCGCCUGUUUUUGCAUUCAUCUUGCCUGCAAAUGGUCCAACUGGGAGAUACCACAGAGUACAGAAGGAAAGCAUUGGUUCUGGUACGUCGACCGGAGCGUGACAUCUGAACUUCUUCAAGAGCUUACUGCAGAAUUUCUGCAUAUAUUUGAUAAAUGUCCCUCGAGAUUAAAGAGGAAAAUUAUGAGCAUAUCCGCCAAUCAAAGUCCAAGCAUCAAUCAUCCUAGUUUACCAAAUUCACCUUUUGACGCAGAGCCCCGCAAAGUGCAGUCUCCCGCGACAACAGCCGAUGGUGGGCCAACAUUCCAUACGAGUCGACCUCAUCAUACGGACAAGCAAGAAGAUAAAAAGCAGCUCGGUUCUGCUCCGACAAGACCACCGGUUGAUUACCGCGAAUAUCGUGAGAAGAAAGAACGAGAACGUUUAAGCAGGGAGAAGGCUUCAGCUCCGACAACGGCCACAAUGACUCAUAGUUCGGACAUCAACAUUCAUCAUUCUCAUCAUCACAAACCUGUAUCUAGUACAAACGUGUUGAAUAAGCAUCCGUUGCCGCCUGGACAGAAGGCGCUUCAUCACAACCAUCAUCACCGGCCAGAGGUGAAGGUCGGCCAGCCGGUAAUGCAGAGACACUCUGCCAGUAAUCAAGCUAGGGAACCAAAUCGCGAUCCUAAUAGGCAGAGGGUACAGCGGGAGUACAAUUCGACAAGCGGUAUGAGUAGCAGUAGCAGCAGUAGUACUCUUCAUUCACAUAGCCACGCAGUGCCGAAAGAGCCGAGCGGGGAUAACUCAUUAACGGACUCGUCGACUCACCGAUCGGAGGUCGGCUCGUUGCAGGAACCAGCAUCUCAUGGAUCCAUGCAGGAGAAACUUAGUAAUAAUAACCAUAGUGUGCAUAGAUUAAGCGGUGUAGAGAGUAAGCAUCAGGGUCACGACAAAAGGAUGUAUGACCCGAGGCAUAAGCCGAUGGAGCAUCGAAAAGAUAGUGAGCAGAAGUCGUACAAAUACCCGGACCCAUCGAGGGUAGAUCGACAGAGAAAAUCUGACACGUUGGAGCAGAGGUGCGAGGAGGUGAGGAAAAUCAUCGAGAAGCCUUUAUCUCUGCCAAAGCCGACAUUGGACGCAUCUUAUGCUCCCAACGCGCAGAAACCAACGCACCACACUAAAUACAACCAACCGGAGAAGCUACAAGUUAGCGCAGUAUCCGUCGACGGGAAGUUGAUGGUUCCUCAAGGCUCCUUCACGCAGGAAAAAUCCCCGACAGGUACCAGUUCAUUGCUCACCCAGAAGCCCCUGUCUUCGAAGACUGCAUCUAAUCAGCACACGGCUCACGGUGUGUCGCAAAUACUGAAGGAUACGAUUAAAAACGGUAGCUCUCAGGCGUCAAAUCUGGCGUCUUUAAACAAUCUCGAUGAUCCGAAAACAGAGAAAAGGCCACGACAUGAGGAGCAUGACAAGAACUUGUCCGAGCUGCAGCAGGGCGUGUUGCAGACGCCGCCGACCAAACACAAGUCUCUGUUCAGCCCGGAGAAGGUUCCGACGCCACGAGAGUCACACUCGCAAAGGCCUAAGUCUAAGCAGAAGACGCCGCCUUCGGCGGCUAAAGUUCCUAAGCAAGACCGCGUGUCGGACUCAUCGAUAGGUUUUAAUUUAGUAUCGCCGUUCGCGAGUCCGCCGGGCUUGCCGCAGCCAGAGACUCUUUUAGGAAAGCGUUCGUCCAACGAGGUCUCAGCAUCGUCGCAUAAAAGGCAUCGUUCUGGCAGUGCGAGCGAGAGCGGCCAGCCGGCCAAGGUGAAGGUGGAGGACACGUCCAGCUUCGAGGCAGCCAAGAUGCUCGGUAGGGUGCCGGAGUUGAUUCAACCUAUCAGGGACAAUCCGUCGAACGGCAGGGCCAGUCAGAUCGUCAACGACGUUAAAAUGCCGGAACUGAUCAAGCCGUUCGACGCCGAGCCGACGAUGCUACGGUUCAGUGCAGCGCAUCACCAACAGGCAUUGUCGAAUCAGCAAGGAAUGACGAACGGCCUGGACACGGGGAAGCAAGAGCCUCAGGAAUUUCAAUCGAAGAAAGACUCUUAUAAAGCGGAUGUCAAAAAGAUUGAGCAACAGACCAAGACUGACUAUCUGUCGCCGAUGAAAUCCGCGCAGAGUAUAAGCGCUCUGCUUCAGGAGCCAUUAGCACCGAUGCCGUCUUUACUUCAGAACGUGCAGUCGUUUAACCAGACGAUUGUUCCACAACAAAUGCCCCUUGAGAUAUUCCAGCCGCAGCACAUGCAGCAGCAGCAACCACCUCUGCAACUGCAGCAACCACAACAACAGCAGCAGCAGCAGCAACAACAACAACAGCAAGCUCAACAACAGCAAUCGAUGUCUCAUUCAAUGCUGCUAACGGAUCAUCAAAUCCCCGUUCAAGCCCAAUGCUUGUCUCUGCCGACGGUCAUCGAGCCGGUGAUAGCCUCGACCGUGGACAUAAGCGCGAUCUCCGGACCACUGCAGAGCAGUACAGAGUCAAUUAUCUCCGUACCGACGUCGACAACGACGUUGACGGUCCCGGCACCGGCCGAAGAAAAGAAAUCAGACCACCACAAGAGCGAGAAAAAGAAAAAGAAGGAGAAACACAAGCACAAAGACAAGGAGAAGACCAAGGAGAAGACCAAGGAGAAGCACAAGCACAAACACAAGGACAAGGACAAAGAGAAGCAUCGGGAGAAGGACAAGGAGAAGGGUGGAGAAGAAGCAGUGUCAGCGGUACCGAUUAAGAUUACGAUACCGAAGGACAAGCUGAACCUUAGCACCGAGUCGACUGGCGGCAGUGUCGGUGGGAACCAGGUGUCGAUCGAUAAGAACAAGUCGCCUCAAAGCACGAGCAUUAAGAUCAUUAUACCGAAGGAGCGGCUGAAGGGCGCGGAGAACGUGUCGAGCUCGCCGGCGCCCGCCGUGGUGCAGGGUCCGUUGAAGAUCAAGAUCAGGACGGACGGAAUGUCGCGUAGCUCGACUGGCGCGUCUUCGACCACCAACAGCUCAAGCAGCUUGGUGCCGGAGUUCGCGAACGACAAUCGGAAACGAGAGCGGGCCGACACAAAGGAAAGCCCGAUGACCAGCCUGCCUCCAACAAAGAAGCAAUCGCAGAUGUCCUCGGCGGGAUACGGCCAGCACCGGCCGGGCGAACGGCAGAACGGCAGGCACUAUAGUUCGGGCAGCAAUAACAAGGAGAAGCACUCGUCUAGCCACCAUAAAAGCUCCAGUAAGAUGUCACAGUCGCAGCAGUCUCACGCAACGUAGUAUUCGGACCCCAGUCGAAGAGGAUGUCGGUAAAAAACACAAAAAAAAAUGGAAGCGAAAAGACUGUAAGCUGCGACAGCGAUCGGACCGACCGACGUCCAACCGGAAGCCUCCACCUUGCUUGCGCUUCGUCGUUGCCCGUCGGAUCCGCAUGAAGACCUCGAAGGAGCUGGAUUUUCUUCGUUACGCGUUUUUCAACGAGAAAGUAAAUAGGAAAACUGGACGCGCCCGAUGAAAGACCUCCCGAGGUCCACGGCGAAUGACCUCGUUCCGGUACCAUUUUGGUACCGAUCGAACGAGGAACGAUGCUUAGCGCCCUUAGGCUAGCCGAAGCUUAACGCGAAUCGAUCAGCGAUUAACUGCUUCCGACUAGAACGAAGGGGGAGAGAGCCCACGAACGGGGCAAGAUAAUGUUCUUAUACUCAGGUGAAAAAUUAGGUACGCGAUUAAGCUAAGAGUAAAGCAAACUUCAUUUCGUCCUUUGAUCAUUGGAUUACGCGCCCGAUCCAAGCUCCGUUUCCUACACGUGCGUCUUCAAUGUUUUGUAACAUAAUUUCAAGCGAACGUUUUCCCGUACACCUCGGGAUCGCUACCAUUUACGAUGGUCCGUUUAUAUUGUUAGCCGAAAAAAUUAGUUGUAUAGCAAGCUAGGGCGAGGAGAACAGUGCCGAACGGGUGCUACGUCCCCAAAGUCGCGCGGGGAUUAGAGGGCUCUUAUUUUGGUCCGUUAGUCGCGCGUUCUUCUUUCCGAUUUUAUUUUUAGUCCUCGCAUUUCCUUCGUGACGUCGCGCGACUUUCGUCGACGAUACGCGAACGUUUCAGAGGAAGUAUACCGUCUAAAGCGCGACUUUAGGGUAAAAACUUAUAGUUUGAAUUGAAAAAUCUAAUUUUAGAACUUCCGGGCUCCGAUCCCGAGGGCAGCUACGCUCCCAUCCCGUCAUUUUGCAUUUGUUAUCCCGUUCAACUGCCACGAUUAUUUGCAUCGAACGAGUAAGAGACGAUGCGCCGCCAUUCUCACGGCUAGUAAAUUGAUCGUCGAUCGAUUCGUCAAGCAGGGACGUACACACUGCGAACGGUUCGACACGAUUUUUGCAUCCGGCCCGACUAAGCACGCGGACAGGAUCGUUUCGUUUUCAUCGCGAUUCUUAACCGAUUGUAUUUUUCCGUUUUCUCGCAUUAAUUGUGCAUUUAAUCCUUUUUAUACCGCGUUCUAUUUCUCUCUUUCUCUCUAUUUCUCUCUCUCUCUCUCUCUCUCUCUCUCUCUCUUUUUUUCUGCAACCGAGAAUCCGAAAUUCUUCCCGGGAAUGCGUUGAUCUCGAUGGAAGCAGACACGCGCCUGUCUCGUUACUGCUGAGUCCCCAUAGCGUCUCGACGCGUCCCUAAAGAGCGAAUCGUUCUCGAUGAGAGCGUGUACACACAGGACAGACAGACGGACGGACACAGAACGAUAGAAGAGGGAAAAAGAAAGCCCUUGGUCCAUUGUCCAAUGAUAUUUAUUCGUGCCGUUUUGUUAUGUAAAUAGCCGGAAAAAAACUGCAUAAUAUAGUAAGUAAUUCGAAUUAUACUAUCGCCAUUUAGUAUAAAGGACUAUAGAUAAAAUAAUUAAUAUUAUUGUCAGACUGUAAAUAAAAUUAUUUUGUAUGCCAAAAUAAACCAAAUGAAAUGACUCGACACACAAUGGUCACACAGUCUCGCGUUACAAUACACGUUACGAUGAUACAUGUACACACAAACACAGAAUGAAGACUGUGGAAUAGGGAAACACACGCGGAAGCGUGUGUACAUAUACUUUAUGAGUAACGAUGACAGUGAGAGACAGUUCACCCAGCAGGACCGAGUGCAAGAAGUUUCGAAGACAGUUCCUCCUUUAGACCAAUACUGAAAUCUCUUAACACUGUAGACAGUCCUGAGCCCGCAAAGAACUUGUUUGUGGUCCCACUGGGUUAACUGCAUAAACUGUAUCUUUACUUCCAAGUGUCUACUUGAGGGUACGAUGAGGUAGCAAAGUAUAAUACUUGAAUAUAUUGAAGCUAGGACAACCCGCGGUAGGACUGUGAAGCGAUUUUCGGCUUCGAAAGUCAACGUAGAACUUAAACGGUUGCUCUGCGGAACAUUUUUAGUACUUCCUUCGUUUGACUGUUCAAGGCAGUAGAGAUUCAGCGAAUGAACACGCUGGGUCUGCUACCUCAUAUUCUUGCCCUGCAAGUAUACAUUUCAGUAUACGGUGAAGCGACUUGGCAGGGCCACAAGUGGAAGCUUACCAUGUAUGCUAAUCAUUGCGAAGGUUGGGCAUCCCUCAAACUGAAUUCUACGCGAUGCAUAUCCUUUCUUAUUCAGUCUUCUCGUUAAGACUACUUCAAACAAAAGGAGCUUGAAAAUCAUUUUCUACACAAUAGUUGAGUUUGCGUUGCUCCGGAUGUUUUGUUAGUCUCCUAUGAAAUUGCUAAUGCUUUGAAAAAAAAAAUUGUUAGAAAGUUCUCAGCUGAGAUGAUGAAUGCAUUUAUGAAACGUGAAAGACCGUGUUUUUAGAAGAACCGAGAAAAUAUUUAAAAAUGCAAAUGAGGAUCCGCUGAUGGUCCCGCUGGGUUCAAGUCGCUGUACCCAUGUCGUUACCAUCAACACAAGCGAAAAAGAAACGUGGUACAAGUUACAGUACGCGGCAUCGGACGAGACAACACACGAUAUCUUAACGAAGCAUGCGCAUAGUUAGCGAACCACGGUUUAAUACUCGCAGUUCCGUUCACCGUAGGUCGAUUAUUUUUUAAGGGAGAGAAAGAAAAGGGAAUCGAUAAACACGCCAUCCCCGAAAUCUUCGCGCGUAUUGUACCGGAAGCGAGGUGUUUCGUUACCAUCGGUUUUCCAUUUAACGAGACACCAUUAUAUUUCGUAAUCCGAGGGCGAUUUCCGUUGUCGCGUCGGCGAAAAGAAAAAUCUAGAACAGCGGAGCAUGCGUGCCCCCUUAACACGUUCUAUUAUUAAUAAUAAUUACUAUUAAAAGUAUUGAUAAACCAUUAAUCACGAUUAUUAUAAUAACACCGACGCAGACCGACCCACCAACGACACACACGAAGAUACAAGCGCGCGCACAUACAUAUGUACAUACCAAUUACAUGUAACGAUAAUGAUAACGAUAAGAACGCGAAACGGUGGAAAAUCGACCCCAUAAAGAUCGUUCAAGGAUGAUGUUCGAGCGAAUCUCACCGCCAGCCACCCCCCAUAGCCAUCGUUCUUCUUCUUCUUCGUCAACGUUGUCGUAAUUAAUUCAUUAAUUCUUUCUGUGCAUAUCGAGGAUCGCGUCGAUCCCCUUCUCCUGCUAAUUGUUUCUCGAUAUAGCGGGGCAGAAAUGAGAAGGCACAGGGACAUGCACGAGGGAAACAAAUGAUCGCGGAGGAACCUCGCGGAUACAAUUGUGUGUAUUUAUUCUGCGAUUUGUGUCGGAUCGAACUGUUAACUUUCAAGGGAUGCUAGCCAAGUAAUCUUCUUCGCGUCCCUAGGGAAUUUACGUAUUAUCCCACGGGCAAUGCGAAUUUCAUAUUUUUCGAACAUGAAACGUAAACAUUAGGUUUUUACAUGGAUUUCUAGAUUAUAGAAAAUAUAUAAAAAGCUAAUAAUUGUGAUAUUUCAUUUUUGUAUUUCACACUUUGAAAAAAUAUGAAAGAGAAUUCGCUUUGCUCGAGGGGUGAACUGACAACAGAUUGUAGAACCGACAACAAAGUUCAACAUUUAUUUUUUUUAGCAGACAUUAUUGGUAUCUAAGGGUUGAAACUCGCCCAGAAUACAAGAGAUGCAAAUCCAGUCGUUUAUCUCGGAAAGUAUUAACUGUAGGACGUGUGCACUUCAGCGUCUUAUUCAUCCAUGUAAAUACAUUUUUAAACAAUUCUUUUGUACAAAAUAUAUUGAAAAAUAAGAUCUUUUUGCAAAUUUCUUGUGUAAGCGUUGGUUUAUCUUAAGAUUAGACGAACUUGUGAUCUCUCGUGAAUCAGGACUUUCACGUUACAGGUUCUAGAUAAAUUAAAACUUCAAAUUUCACGUUACAGGCUCUAGACUAUAGAUAAUUCGGUAUUAUUAAUUUAAUAUUGUAGGUCCUAGAAUGAGCAAGUCUGGUUUGCAAAAUCUACUUCGAGUUUUUCAUUUUCAUCCCUGAAAACGAAUAAUGUCCGUUAGAAAAUUCAUGAAAAAUAUUGUUUUGGGUUGAAUUAAAAUUAAGAGGGGGGUCGCUUGGCUAACAGCCCUUGCCAGUGGAUCGUGUAAUCGAUGUCAAAAAAUGCCUUCGAUGCGUUCGUUCAACGAAAAAAAAUGGUACCGUUAGCAAUAAAUGUGGGGCGCGACGACUCGGCCCGAUAAAAUACCAGAAUUUUGCUCGUCGGUGACGAUAAUGCAACGGCUAUUUUUCAUUCUUAUUAGAAAACGGAUGGGCAAGAAACCGACGAGUCUAUUUUAUCGCGCCGACCAUAUGUAUUUUCGUAUGUCCCGUUGAUGAGAGUAAUCGAAAGAGCUGAUCCUUCUUGGAGGCUGCUGAGCCGUUUGCGUUUUUCAUUUAGAGUGAUAGAACAAAACGAGAAAAGGAGUGAAAAAAGAACAAAAGUAGAGCGACGUUUUCUUUAGCAUUCUCUUGGCUGUGCGGUACAAACGACGUUUAUUGCUAAUUGUUUUUCUCGGUCAGUGGACAAAUUGCGUGACGAAACCGUUUCACCGUUCGACAAGAACUUAUUGUUAGAUUGUAACGAAAUGCGACGGUGUUUCAUGAUCGCGGAUUUUUCCAUUUUCGAAGAUCGAAACGGACUGCGGAUCGAAACGGAUUGCGAUUCUAGAGAAGCGCCGAAGAAAACAAAAAGGAGAGGGAGAAUAAAAUAGCAAAAUGUCCGGAGAGAGAGAUUAUUCUCUUUCGUUUCCUUCUUCGGAAAAUGUUGGCAAAAAGAAAAAUUAUGCAGCAGCUCGAGCCAGAUACAAAAAAGAAAUGGACGAGUAUAUAAAUGUUUUUGUUUUUCCUUUUUUUUUCUAACGAAGCGAACAAAAAGUUUAACAAACCGUGUCCGCGAUGUAAAUAAAUUUAUUCUUAAGGACUUGAAACAGAAGUGACGAUUCGUGAAGAGUGUAUACUUAUUAUUAUUAUUAAUUAUUAUUAUUAUUAUUAUUAAUUAUUAUUAUUAUUAUCGUUUGCAAAUCGUGCAUUUGUAUUUCACACGCAGGCCACAUCCGGCCGCGUAUCGUGGAUACAGUCUCGCUCCGGAAGUCCUCAGUCGCGGGAAAGUCACCCUUUGUUUGAAAUUUUUAGCGUGAGCAACGCGACCUUGUAAAAAUUCUGCGGGAAAGAAUCAGCACACAAUGGAAAUUUUUUGUUUUCUCUUUUACUUUGUCGAGAGCAGGUUUAACCUACGAUCGACGAACAAGAUCAUGGUGGUCAGAGUGAUUUUAAGUGUUAGGGAAUCCUAUUUUCGCGGAGUCUGGUCCCGAACAAAAAUCAAAUGUUUCAAAUUUCUGUUAUUAAAGUGACUUGUUCACUGGUUAUUGGUAUGCCUCUUUCAUUGUGUGUGCAAUCGUUGUACCAUAAUAAAGACUCACUUCCAGCGUGUAUAUGUAGAGGUUUUUAGAGAGAUAUUUAAAAAAAUGUGAAGGAAACGAUAUAGAAAAGACGUAGCAAAGCCUUUCAUCGAUUUCUCACGACUGACGAUCUUCCGGAUUGAGCUGGGCUUGCCUAGUUUCAGGCGGCGUUUAAAAAAAGUUAUCCUCAAUAAAGAGAGAAGCAAAAGAAUGACUAAAACAA